UUCUCAAUCCCCAACUUCCAUUUAACGUUCGUUCAAAAAACAAAAAAAACUUCCAUUAAACGUUAUUUUACUGGUAAAAUACGUUACAAGGUUUGAAUUUCUUGCUUGCAUAAUACUUAUUCAAAUAUAUAUCUAUAUAUAUAACUCAUUUGAAGAACAAAAUGAUCAGAUCUCUUUCGAGACCUUCCUUGCUCUGUUCCACAGCUAGAAAUCUCUGUCACUGUCAUCUCUCGAAUCGUCCCUUCCUCACUGUUCGAUCAAAAUCUCCUUCCAUAGGUAUAAGGGGAUUCAAGGUCCGAUUUCGGAGUGCAUUCUUGAAUUUGAGGUCAAUGUCGUCGCAAAAUGAAGUCUUGCAGAUCAGCAAACUACUCACUGCUACGAAUGAUCACUACGGAGGUGUUAUCGUGGAGAUGACUACUGAGCCCGUGGACUCUGCUGUGUUCGUUUCUUUGCUCAGAGCUUCGGUUUCGCAUUGGAGGCAACAGGGUAAGAAGGGUGUUUGGAUUAAAUUGCCUAUUGAGCUUGUAAACCUUGUUGAACCUGCAGUUAAGGAGGGAUUUUAUUUCCACCAUGCUGAGCCAAAAUAUUUGAUGCUUGUUUACUGGAUUCCUGAAACUGCUAAUAGUCUUCCUGUAAAUGCCACUCACCGUGUGGGUAUUGGUGCAUUUGUUAUGAAUGAAGAGAAAGAGGUGCUGGUGGUCCAAGAAAAGAGUGGAAUGUUACGUGGAACAGGAGUGUGGAAGUUUCCUACAGGAGUUGUUGAUGAGGGUGAAGAUAUUUGUGAUGCCGCAGUUAGAGAAGUAAAAGAAGAGACGGGAAUUGAUGCAAAGUUUGUGGAAAUACUAGCUUUCAGACAAAGCCACGAAGCAUUCUUUGAAAAGUCGGAUUUAUUCUUUGUCUGCCUACUGCAGCCCCUGUCCUUUGACAUACAGAAGCAGGAGUCAGAAAUAGAGGCAGCAGAGUGGAUGCCAUUCAGGGAAUAUGCAGCUCAACCUUUUGUUCAGAAACACGAUCUUUUUAAGCAUAUCGUCGACAUAUGCUUAGCGAAGAGAGAUGGGAAGUACUCUGGGUUCUCUCCGGUGCCCACUAAGGCAAUUUCUUCUGAUAAAAAUAGCUACUUGUACUUGAAUAGGCAGUGUUUGAACAACCAAUAAUUGUUUCUCAGCCCAUGAAGUUGUACCAUAGGCACUAUUGUUCUACAAUUUCAAUCACAUAUUGUUUGAUUAUGUGUAUACAAUAAUGCCCCCUCCAUUUGAGGGAAGGAAAAAUAAAUAAAUUCUAUUUUAGCUUA